AUGGCUGCUUCGGUCCCUCAAAAGCUCGUUGGCAUUAUCGGGGCGGGUAUCGCGGGUCCCGCCUUUGCUCUCCAGCUCCUCUCACACCCCCGGCUGGCCUCGCUCUACCGCCCCCUCCUCCUGGACAAGACGCCAGACCCGUCCACCUUGUCAUCAGAAGACCAAGCGAAGAAAGAGAGUGCCUCAUUCGGCGCUGCAGUCGCAGUCUUCCCCAAUGGACUCCAUCCGCUUUAUGCCCUAGGCCUGCGCGAGGCUGUCGAGUCUGCCAGCCUACCUCUAGAUAUCAUCAGCUUCUGGAAGUCGCCCACUGCCUCGAGUACUCCCCAUUAUGAAUACGGAACGAUUGACCAUCCCACAUGGAGCCACGGCCUCCAGUCCGACGCAAUCAACAUCGAGCGCAGUGCACUCAGGGACAUGCUUCUCAAGGCGGCGAGGGAGCGUGGCUGCGAGACGAUGUGGGACAAGAAGAUCAAGGGCUUUGAGGAGCAAGACAAGGGAGCGACUAAGAUCAACUUUGAGGAUGGGUCGGAUCUCACCGUCGAUCUACUUGUCGGCGCUGACGGCGGGUACUCCAUGGUGCGCAAGUACAUUCUCGAUAAGAGGGAUCCUGCCACGGCCGAGAAGCGGUGGCUCCCCGAUUUCAUGCACCAGACUGGCUUCUAUGGUAUCUCUAAGGGGUUCCCAUACGACAAGGACGUGUCGUCGAGGGCAACCAUCGGAAUCUGGCUCGAUCGUGGAAUGCUGGCAUCCGCCCCUGUCCCCGGCGACAAGAUCCGUUGGGAUCUCGUCCUGCCAGAGAAGGAAGCGCCGCCGGCGUCCAGAGCCGUCGUAGACACCCCCAAAUCAGAAGGAAAGUUUCCGUGGGAGUCGGCGAUUCUCCCAAGUGCCUAUUCCCACGACUCCAGCGUGGAAAUCUUGCAGAAGCACAUGAACGCCUUUCACCCUGCUGCUGGAACAAUCGGGAAUCUGCUGGAGAACGCUGAACAAAUCAUCCGAACUCCGCUCCGACAGCGAGUGUGGAAGGCUAAAGAGAUUCAAUACGGGAACGUGGCGUUGAUCGGAGACGCCGCGCGGUUGAUGUUGCCGAGCAGCGGACAAGGAACUGGCUUUGGCAUCGAGGAUGCCACGGUGCUUGCGGCCAAGCUGCUGGAGCACUCCAAAUCGUCCGCCGACCAGAACGACUUGCGCCCUGCUCUGGAAGCCUACGCCCGUGAACGCGUACCGCGGUCGAAGAAGAUGGCAACAGUGGCGUGGGUCACGGGAAAGCUCGCAAUGGCCGACUCGUGGUUCUGGCGGUGGGUGCGCGACUUCGUGUCCAGAUGGUUCCCCGUGGGGUACAAUUACAAGAAUGAUCCGAAGGCCAAAGACCCGUGGCCUCUCGAUGCACGGUUUAACGUUGACCGCUAG